AUGGGCAAAGAAGAAAUUCGACCGCUGACCGAGAAACUCGGGAUCCCAAAGGCUACCAGCGACCGCAUAAUUAUCCCAUGUCUUGAGCAGCAAUUGCCCUCCAUCCACCAGAGAUUCCCCGAUGCUAUCAUCGUGAAGUUGGUCCCGAACUGUGUCGAUGCACAGGCAUCGAUGCGCACCCUCACCAUACGACCAGAAUUGGACUUUAAAUACCAUCUGAAGAUGUCUUUGGCCUGCCAAAUUACCUCUGCUCUUCGAACUAUCACGCCUUGGACGACCUGCGGUGGUCCGAUCCAGACGGGUCUUCUGGAAAAAUUCCUGCCCGAUGACCUUUGGGUUUUCAGAGAAACCGCGGCUGUCUCGGGAGGUCAAGACGACUUUAAUGAUGCGCGCCAUCUCUCCUGUAUUUUGCGGGAGAUUUUAGAGACCAGGGCACAGGUGAAUGACGAGGCUCUGAUCAUCGCAGCGGCAUUCCCUCAGAAGCCUUAUGGAGAUAGUCGGACAUAUGCGGAGAUUCUGUAUGGCUUAGAGACAAUCUCCCAAAAGAAAGACUGGUUCCAGGGAUAUGUGAAGGUAUUAUUCGACCUCGUCCUCCCUCCACUCGUCCAAUACGGAGUCGGAAUAGAAGGCCACGGACAAAACCUCGUGGCGCGCGUGUGUCGCUCAACUGGAAAGAUCAAAGGAUACGCCGUUCGAGACUUCGGUGGGAUAAGAAUGCACGUACCGACUUUGCAGAAGCUGGGCGUGAAAUUUGACGCGCUGCCGCCUGGGGCAGCAACCUUGACGGGUAAUCUGGUAAACGUGUGGACGAAGGUGCAUCACUCGAUUGUCCAGAAUCACAUCGGAUUGUUGUUGAAUGCACUUGGAUUGGAGAAUCACGGCGGGUGGGCGAUUGUUUUGGAAGCGCUUUCGACAACACUGGAGCACGACGGGGACGGUUCGGGGAAAGGAUUGUUCGAGUUCUUCACGAGGGAGACGAUGCCGUUUAAAUGUUUCUUGCGGAUGAGAAUAGAGAGCAAGUACCGUGAUUAUGUCGAGAGAGAGGUUCCGAAUGUGCUUCUCAUGGAUUCACCGCAGUGGAAGUCCAUCUUGGAGAAAUACCAGCCCUCACUUCAUGCCACUUGA